AGAGGCGGGGGAGGGGAGAGGAGGAGGAGGAGGGAGUCGCGGUGCGCGCCGAGUCCUCUUCAGGCGGGGCUCAAGAUGUCGGUGGCGUUCGCGGCCCCCAGGCAGCGGGGGAAGGGCGAGAUAACGCCGGCUGCCAUCCAGAAGAUGUUGGAUGAAAACAAUCAUCUUAUUCAGUGUAUAAUGGACUACCAGAACAAAGGCAAAACUUCAGAAUGCUCUCAGUAUCAGCAAUUGUUGCAUACAAACUUGGUCUACCUAGCCACAAUAGCAGACUCCAAUCAAAAUAUGCAAUCUAUACUGCCGCCGCCACCCACACAGAAUAUGUCAAUGGGUCCAGGAGGAAUGAGUCAAAGUGGCCCUCCCCCACCUCCACGUUCUCACAAUAUGGGUUCAGAUGGUAUGGUAGGUGGGGGCCCUCCUGCACCGCACAUGCAGAACCAGAUGAACGGCCAGAUGCCUGGCCCUAACCACAUGCCUAUGCAAGGACCUGGACCGAACCAGCUCAACAUGACAAACAGUUCCAUGAACAUGCCUUCAAGUACUCAUGGGUCCAUGGGAGGUUAUAAUCAUUCAGUGCCAUCUUCUCAAAGCAUGCCUGGACAGAAUCAGAUGACUAUGAGCCAAGGACAGCCUAUGGCCAAUUACGGUCCCAGACCAAAUAUAAGCAUGCCACCAAAUCAAGGCCCAAUGAUGCACCAGCAGCCGCCUUCUCAACAGUACAACAUGCCCCAGGGAAGUGGACAACAUUAUCAGGGACAGCAGCCACCAAUGGGAAUGAUGGGCCAAGUUAACCAAGGAAACCAUAUGAUGGGGCAGAGGCAAAUUCCUCCAUACAGACCACCACAGCAAGGCCCACCACAGCAGUACUCAGGCCAGGAAGACUAUUAUGGGGACCAAUACAGUCAUGGUGGACAAGGUCCUCCAGAAGGCAUGAACCAGCAAUAUUACCCUGAUGGUCAUAGUGAUUACGGUUAUCAGCAACCGUCGUAUCCUGAACAAGGCUACGAUAGGCCUUAUGAGGAUUCCUCCCAACAUUACUACGAAGGAGGAAACUCGCAAUACACUCAACAGCAGGAUGCAUACCAAGCACCACCUCAGCAGCAAGGCUAUCAACAGCAACAGUACCCAGGUCAGCAGGGUUACCCAGGACAACAGCAAGGUUAUGGUCCUUCACAAAGUGCUCCAGGACCUCAAUAUUCCAAUUAUCCUCAAGGGCAGGGCCAGCAGUAUGGAGGAUAUAGGCCGGCACAGCCUGGCCCUCCACAGCCACCGCAACAGAGGCCUUAUGGAUAUGACCAGGGGCAGUAUGGAAACUAUCAGCAAUGAAAAAUAAUUUCGGUAUGAUAACCAGUAUCUGUUAGCAGCUAUAUUGUCUCUUUAGCACUGUGGACAUCUCUUUUGAAGAGCAUCUUCAAUUCCAUCUAGUUUUGGAACAAGAAAACAAGAGGAAAAAAACAAACCCUCAUGAUUUGACAAAUGGCUGAUUAUUGCCUGUCUGGGUUAGUUAUAAACAAAAGUGAUAGUCUUUCUAAAACGUUUUUGCAUCUGUACUCUAGAUGGCAAUAUUGGACAGAAAAUGCAGUCACGAUUCUGCAAUGAGCUUAGGCCUGUACAUCAAACAAACUGUUACAGACUGAAAUGUGUGAACAGCAUCGUAUGUUUAUGAAGGUUAAGGGAAUGUAAUAUUUUUCCACAGAUUCUUUUGUAAGGGGAAGGGGAAAAUUUUUACAGCAGCAAUAUUUUAUAUAUUAUGUUUUUCAUAUGGAAUAUGCAAGGCAGUACACUACGCACUGGGCAAAGUCAGAAACCCUUAUAGGUAGGAAUUAUAGAUUGAGACAUGAUGCAUUCUUCAUUGUGUUGGUCUCACCAUUGUAUGAUGAGAGUUGUUCAACAUGCAUUCUUGACAGACCCUUGUAUGAAGAAUUUAUAUCCCAACUAUUUAAAUAACAAGAUGAUCAUGGACAAUAUGAUGCAAUCUAGUAUAAAGAAUUAAUUUUGAAAUAUUUUAUGUGAAGCUGUUUUGUAAAAAUGGUUUCUAGCACUGGCAAUUUUCUGUAUUUUUUUUCAGUAACAGGAAAAUGUAAGAAUUGAAUUUGUAACAGUCUUGUAAUGGUUUCACAUAAAUCAAGCUGUGAUCUCUUUCUGGUUGCAGUAACAAGGAAUUUGAAAAAGUGUUCAUUUAACCUGGCUUAAAUAUACAAAGUAUUUAAAAACAAAUCAUAGAUAGGUUGACACAUAUUUUAUUUCAUAAGUGUAUUUAACUUUUAGUAGUAUAAUUUCUAUGUAACAGAAAUAGUAUAGAAGCUUUUGUAAAACUCUUGUCUAAACUUUCUCACCUGAGAGUUAAUAUCUUUAAGAAGGAAGGUGUUUAUUGUGUAUGUCCAUGUUUGUACUCUUUAAUAUGAGACCAAGCGCAAGUUAUAGUGAGGUUUUUAAAAAUGCCAAAUUCUAUCGUGAACUGCAUUAAUGCUUACAAUAUUGCAUGUGAAAUAGCCACUACCUGGAUCAACAGCAGAGCCAUAGAGAACACUGUUCAAGACUCUCCUGCUGUUUUGUUUCAAGUGUAUGACUGGGUACAGUGUUGCGCAGGAAUACAUGCAUUCAGCCAGUCUUGGCAAAUAUUUAAAAGGAUAUAACUAAAAUCAGCCCUCGAGUUACAUACUUUUAUUAUGUGUUGCUGUAUUUUAACAGAAAGGUAGCAUUUGUGAUAAGCUGUACCUGAAUUAAUAAGACAUAAAAAUAUGCAUUGCUCCAUAAUUUUAAAUGGAGAACAAAUUUCUUUUUUUUACUUUGGUUGCAUAUUAAAAUCAAGUUUUAAACUGAAAAGAUGAGGAACAUUGGUAUGAAUGAAAUGCUUCUAGGUUCUGUGCCAAUUUUCUGCCAUUGUGUACUUCAUUGCUAUUUAAAACUACUCUAUCAACUCUUAACAGAAGAAUAAAUUAUUUGUGAUUUUAA